AUGAGGUUGUCAAUCCGUGUUAGUGCCGCUGCCGCACUAAUUAUCCUGACCCUUGUCCUGGUCAAUCGCAGUCUGAAGAGCAAAGGUGAAUCACUUCAGGAUUUAUGGCACUUCGAUACCGGCUCUUUCCGCACAUCUCUCAGACCAAAACCUCAAUCUGAUACGGGAUCACAACGGAAAUGGCGGGUUGCAUCGGAUAAUAAACCCGCUCUGGUCUACCAGACCACCGAGAUCGUGGUUCCGAACCAGGGUGCCAUUGUGAUGGCCAAGCGCAAGGAGGAUGAUACUGCUUGGGUCGGCGCAGAACUGGCAGAAUGGCGCAGCAUCAUUUAUACCGUCGACGAUACCAACGCCCCGACGCACACCCCGAAGAACAAGGGCCGCGAAGCUCUCCCCUACCUCCAAUACCUGAUCGACCACUACAACGACCUCCCAGACAUCGUGGUCUUCCUGCACAGCCACCGCGACGGCGUAAUCGCCGGCUGGCACAUCGACACCAUGGAUUACAGCAACGUGGACUCAGUGCGCGCAUUGCAGAAAGAAUUCGUUCAACAGGCAGGAUUUGUCAACUUGCGUUGUCAAUUGAGCCCAGGAUGUCCCACCGCCAUUCAACCAUUCCGCCAACCCCCGAAUCCUGAAAGCCCAGGCGAGCCACAUUACGCUGCUGCCUGGAAAGAGCUCUUCCCCGGUGAGCCGGUUCCCCGCGAAGUCGCUGGCCCGUGCUGCUCCCAGUUCGCCGUUUCCCGAGAGCAGAUUCUCCAGCGCCCCCAUAGCGAUUACCAGCGCAUGUAUGACUGGGUGAUGAACAAUGACCUGCCAGACGAGGCUACCUCCAACAUUAUGGAGUACUCAUGGCACAUCAUUUUCGGCAAGGACCCUGUCUUCUGCCCUGAUUUGUUCCAAUGUUACGCAGAUGUCUACGGUGAAGAAGUUAUCUUUAACUACUGA